UCCUCCAGACAAGGCUCGGUUGAGUCGUUGGAUCGAGGAGGAGUGCGGUUGGCGGCCGCGAUGGUCUGACAGAUGAAAUAGCGAAAAAAAGAAAGAGAAGGCGGGCGUCCUCCCACACAAAACAAUGUUCCCUAAAGGCAAAGGCACCCCGGUGCCAUCGGACAGCCAAGCGCGAGAAAAGUUGGCUCUAUAUGUCUAUGAAUAUUUGUUACACAUAGGAGCGCAGAAGUCUGCACAGACCUUUUUAUCAGAGAUCCGAUGGGAGAAAAAUAUAACCCUUGGAGAGCCCCCUGGAUUCCUACAUUCCUGGUGGUGUGUUUUCUGGGACCUGUAUUGUGCUGCACCAGAGAGGAGAGAGACAUGUGACCACUCCAGUGAAGCAAAGGCCUUCCACGACUAUAGUGCAGCAGCAGCCCCCAGCCCCGUGAUGGGAGGGAUGCCUCCUGGUGAGGGUAUGCCAGGAGGACCCAUGCCUCCAGGCUUUUUCCAAGGUCCACCUGGUCCCCAGGGCUCUCCUCACCCUCAGCCUCCUCCCCCUAACAGUAUGAUGGGACCACACAGUCAGUCCUUCAUGUCACCUCGUUUUGCUGGAGGUCCCAGGGGUCCCCCCAUGAGGAUGCCGAACCAGACUCCUGGUGGGGGACCUGGACCCCAUCCCAUGUUGCCCAACAUGGAUCCUACACGACCACAAGGUCAUCCUAAUUUGGGGCCAAUGCAGAGAAUGAGUGGCCCUCGUGGCAUGGGUCCUAUGGGGCCCGGCCCUCAGAAUUUCGGUGGUGGUAUGAGGCCUCCACACAACGCCAUGGGUCCUGGCAUGCCAGGAGUGAACAUGGGUCCGGGGACAGGUCGACCAUGGCCCAAUCCCAACAACGCCAACACUAUGCCUUAUUCCUCACCCUCUCCUGGCGCAUAUGGGGGGGCAUCUGGUGGCGGAGGUCCUCCAGGAACUCCCAUCAUGCCCAGCCCUGCAGACUCAAACAACUCUGGUGACAACUUGUAUACUAUGAUCAACACUGGACCAGGCAACCGAAAUAAUUUCCCUAUGGGCCCUGGCUCUGACGGGCCACUGGGAGCUAUGGCUGGGAUGGAACCACACCACAUGAAUGGAUCACUAGGCUCUGGAGACAUGGAUGGAAUGAAUAAGAAUUCCCCAAACAAUCUAAGUGGCAUUAGCAAUCCUCCUGGGACCCCGAGGGAUGAUGGAGAACUGAGUGGAAACUUCCUCCACUCUUUCCAGAGUGAUAGUCAGUACUCUCCCACCAUGACGAUGAGCGUGUGACCUCCCCUCCCUCCCAUCACUGUCCCACCACCCCUACCCAGCAUUAUUUGCCAUCAUUCCAAGGAUCUGAACUCGCGACAGAACAUGGCCAAAACACAUCAGCGCCAAAAUCAGGGACAGGCGCCAUUUUGGUUCCACACUAAUGCCAGAAUGCAAGCAACCACUGCUCCUUUACUCAAAAGGAAGAACUAUUUCCUCCCUUUAUUACUACCACACAUCUGACAUAAAAAAACCAGCUACUGAAAUGCAAACAUGACACGUUUUAUGUUCCUUCGCAGAAGCUGCCCCCUCCCCUCCCCAAAAUUUCAUCAACCUCCUCAGUGAACAGGAAAAAAAAAAUGGUUGACGUUUACCUCUUGUACAUUUCAAUGAUCGCUUCGUGGUGCAAAAUGUGCAGGAAAUAUCCGCUUUUUGUCAUUCAAACACUGGAGAGUGUGCAUAUGCAUUGUGAGCUUGGAAAGUCUUUGUCUUGUCCUUAUUUUUUUAUUUUUUAUUUAGUUUUCUGCCAUGCAUACUGUCUCACUAUGUCAGGUGACAUAGGAAUUUGCCUUUAUACCCAAUGGCCACCUUUAAUAAUAAUAAUAAUGUAAUAUUCCCCCUUAACCAGUCCUUUUUAUUUAAAGAGAUUCUUAAGGGGAAAAUGUCUGAAAGGAAUGUGGCUUUUAGUUGUAAUAAUGUCAUAUUGAUCCAGUUUCCAGUUUAUUGAUUGACAGCUGACCGGCCCUGCUCUCUUGGCUGCUGCGUUCAAACAGCUGGACUGCUGCAGCUGCUGUUUGCUGUGAAGGGAAGCCAGACUUUGGCAUAGGAAGCGAGUGCAUGAGUGCGGAGGGUUUGUGUACAACAUACUACCUAGUGCUGCUCUUCUCUAUGUGGACACCUGCUUUAAGACGUGGUGUGUAUCAUCUGACCUGCCUGUGCUUAACACUCUGUGCUCCCCAUUGUCGUAGCCUUCUGCGUUUCUGGUUUUGUUACGAUGAAAUGAACCAUUUGUUUAUAUCACUGGUCGUCCCCAUAACCCCACCCCCCACCCCUUUUUGCCCAUCAAUGUUUUUUUUUUUUUUUAUAUUUUGAUAAAAAACCUUUGACUACGUAUAUUGCUCCAAUUAUUCAGUUAGUCAAAGCUUUCUCAGCUGAUUCUAGUAGACGUCAUUAUAAGGUUAGCAUCAGUCUUGUAAAUGUGAUGAGAAAUUUGGUUUUAUUUUUAUUUUUUUUUCUCCUGUGAACAUUACACAUUAUACACAUCUGUCCUAUGUUGCCUUUAUUUGCUGAUAUUUUUUUAUUUCAAAUUGAGGAAAGAUUGCUUGUUAAUAUAAUUUUAGAAAAACUUA